AUGAUUCAGGGGUGCCAGAGUCUGGGUGUCUCGGCGACAAUCAAGCAUUUUGUCGCCAACGAGCAGGAGACUGAGCGCACGACUGUUGACGAGGCCAUCAGUGAGCGCGCCCUGCGUGAGAUGUACCUGAAGCCUUUUGAGAUCGCUGUCAAGGAGGCCAAGCCGUGGGCCAUCAUGACCGCUUACAACUUGAUCAACGGCAAGCAUUGCGAUUCAAAUGAGUGGCUGCUAAAGGAGGUCCUGAGGGGCGAAUGGGGAUGGAAGGGCCUAGUCAUGAGCGACUGGGGAGGAACAAAUUCCGUUGCGGAGGGCCUCAAGGCCGGCGUGGAUAUUGAGAUGCCCGGGCCGCCGAGGAUACGCAAGCCUGCUGCAGUUCUGGACGCGGUUCACAAGGGCGAGGUCACGGAGGACGUUAUCGACGAGCGGGUGCGGGCCAUCCUAGAGUGGACGGAGCAGCUCAACGGGUUUAAAGACCCGGUCAUUGCUGUCGAGGAGGCCGUUGAUCGACCGGAGCAUCGGGAGUUGAUCCGGGACGCGGGCGCAAGAGGUAUCGUGCUGCUGAAGAACGAUAACAACAUCUUGCCUCUGACGAAGGAGAAGGUUAAGGGCAAGAAGAUUGCACUGAUCGGCUACGCGAAAGACGGACUUGCACACGGUGGUGGAAGCGCGAGUGUCAACGCCCACUACAGACUUCCGCCAUGGGAUGCACUUCACUCGGCACUUGGUGACGAAGUGACUUUUACCUACGCCAAAGGUGCUCACAAGGAGCGCCUGUUACCUCCUAUCAACCAAGACGGAAAGGUCGGCAAGAUUACUGGACUGGACGGACAGCCCGGCUUCAGUCGCGUCUUCUAUGACUUUGGCAGAGAGGACGCCGAACCUGUCUCCGUGCUGAACAGCUACCCCAACUCAGCUUACUCUCCGUUGGGCUCUCAAGAGUCCAUGUGGAAGACGCUCGACAUCGUCGGCGACUUCACUCCGUUCGAGACCGGAACACAUUACAUAGCCUGCUCAGGUAUCGGCCCAACGCAAGUCUGGGUAGACGAUGAGAUUGUCUUCGAACAGGGGGGCAAUUGUGCCGAUCCCAUGGGUGCUCUGUUCCUCGCUGCCAAUGAGCCGGAGAUCAAACAUGCCUUCACGGCAGGCAAGACCUAUCGCCUGCGCAUCCACAGCAAGCCCCCAACCAAGAUCGGCCUCGAGAUUCUUGAGGGCCGAACUGGCGUGCGCAUGGGCUUUGCUCUAGAAUCAGACCAUGACGCAGACUUGCAGGGUGAAGCCGCCCGAGUAGCCUCCGACGCAGACGUCGCCAUCGUCUUCACCGGCCAUGACCCGCAGUGGGAGACCGAGGGCAGAGACCAAGAAUCCUUUCAUCUUCCGUGCGACCAGGACGGUCUCAUCGAGGUGGUGGCGAAGACGAACAAGAAUACCAUCGUCGUUAACUCCACAGGGGUCGCAGUCGCCAUGCCUUGGCUUGACAAGAUCUCCGCGCUCGUCCAGUCGUGGUUUCUGGGGCAGGAAUGCGGCAACGCUAUCGCCGACGUGUUAACCGGCGCCGUGAACCCGGAGGGCAAACUUCCCGUCAGUUUCCCGACACGCAUUGAGGAUGCGCCCGCGCACGGAAACUUCCCCGGUGAGCGCAACGCCGACGGUCAGCUCAAGGUUGAGUAUGCUGAGGGCGUUUUCGUCGGGUAUAGACACUACGACCGCGUUGACAAAGAGGUCUUGAACUUCCCCUUUGGUUACGGUCUCUCAUACACAACGUUCGACUACACCAACUUUGAAGUAGUCAAAGAGAGUGAUGCUGUGGAUGCGUUUGAGGUUUCGCUGGAUGUCGCCAACACAGGUGCCGCCGCCGGCGGAGCCGUCAUUCAGGUCUACGUCGGAAAGACGGAGCGGUCGGCGGACACGCCGGUCAAGGUUCUGGUGGCAUUCGAUAAAAUUCGGCUGCAGCCUGGCGAUAAGCAAACUGUAAAGCUGAGGGUCUCGGCGAAGGAUUUUGCUUCCUUCGAUGAGACGGAUCGGCAAUGGGUCGUUGACACAGGGGAGUACAGCUUUUACCUCGGCCAGUCUGCGGCCAAGACCAUGCAAACUGUUCCCGUGAAUCUGGGGAGAAUGACGUACCAGCGGUAA